CAACUGUUAGUAUUGAAUUGAACUAGACUUGCGAAGUCUCUUGGAAAGUACAAUGCGGACUGUCUAUUGCAUUGUCAUGCUAAUCGUUGGAGUGGCAGUAAAAGCAAACAUACUUCCACUACAAGAAGCGGAUACAUCAUUGUACACCAAACCACUGUUUGACAGCGAUUACAUGACAUACGAUUUUACUGACGUCGAAGAAGAAAAUCCCGUAGUAGGGAAUGAUUGCUUCCCAGAAAAAAUAGAGUGUGAUUCGAAUUUGAAUCGACGAGAACAUGAGCCAAUCUGCGCUUACAGUACUAAAUAUGGAUUGACAAACUAUUUUAGUUUGUGUGAAAUAAAUCUUCAGAUUUGUUUGUUAGACCUUCAGAAGUAUGGGAACAUAAGGAGAAGACAAUUCGAUUAUGGAGAUAUAUAUUACAAUGGUUUGCCUCACCCGUGUGCUUAUUAUCAAAGGCGUUCAACGACUGGACCAGAAGCUAUAGAAUUGUACUAUAAACUCGGCGCUCAGUACAACUCAAAUUAGAGAUUCACUUUUUAGUAAAACUGCAUUGAAGCCUAUAUCAUUAUAUUGUUAUUUUUUAAAUAA